AUGGCAGAUUCUGAUGCUAAUGCUGAUUCGGAAGGCAUUAUUAAUGUUAAUACUUCUAGUGAUGAAACAUUAAGCGACAAUAACAUUAGUAUAAACUCUAAUAGCGACACAGAAUAUAAUAAUAAAUUGAUUAUUAUAAAAGACAAAAAAUCUCCAAAUGGUGAGCAGGAAUGUGGGCAAUUAGUUAAGACUCAAGGCUCUACUGGUACUAAACCUAUUGAAAAAAACAACAUAGCUGUACAACCAACGAUUGGUGAAAUGUUUCAGUGUGCUGCUAAGCAAAAUCCUCGUCAAAAUGAAUCUAUUGAACAUGCUUUGGUUACCUGGAUUAUUACAAAUUCACAACCUCUUCAUGUCCUGCAAAGUAAAAGUUUUAUUAAACUUAUUAAUACAUUAAAUCCAUAUUAUGAACUUUCUUCUAAUAAACAAAUCAAAGCAAGAAUUCACCAAAGCUACAAUUAUUCAGUAAAACAUCUUAAAGCUCUCUUUAAAACAGAACUUAAAACAU